CUUGUGUGUGGAUUUUCCAAAGCAGUUAUUUAAAUCAAUUUGUAGUAUGCAGAAACUCACAACUUAGGUUGUAGAUGAUCAAUUACCAGCUCUUUCUAAGCAAGAUCAGAAGAACUGCUGCUUGCUAAUAUCAUAUCAUCAGGAUGUCUACACCUAUGGAGUAAGUUCCUCUUUGUAUCCCCUAACUUUCAUCUUAUUUAAUUGAAUUCAUUGUGUUGGGCAUCGGCCGGGUUGGCCGAAUUCAGCCCUUGCUGAUCGAGACGUAACGUUGUGGCUCUUAGUAUGAAGGGAUGCGAUUAAAAAUGGUAUUAUAAUUCUUUGCCACCUGUGGCAAAGACCUAUGCAGUCAUCUGCUUCAUGACCGCUGCUACAUAUCAACUAGAACUCUACAAUAUAUGGAACAUCGCACUAUUUUAUUCUGAUGUUUUCAGAAGGUUUCAGGUGUGGAGACUUGUGACAAAUUUCUUCUUUAUAGGAGCGUUUUCGUUUACAUUUGCAUUUCGUCUUCUAAUUAUAUUGAGGUAUGGGGUUCAAUUGGAGAGGGGGCCUUUUGACAAGAGGACAGCCGACUAUGUAUGGAUGUUUUUAUCUGGAGCAAUUGCGUUGUUGGUGAUGUCCAUAUUUCCCUUUUUGUGGUCACCAUUCAUGGGGGCAUCCUUGGUAUUCAUGAUCGUAUAUAUUUGGGGCAGAGAAUUUCCAAAUGAGCGUAUUAAUGUAUACGGCCUUGUGCAAUUUAAGGGAUUCUAUCUUCCAUGGUACAUGCUUGGGAUAGAUAUGAUCCUGGGUAAUCCUCUAAAACCAGACAUGCUGGGAAUCGCUGCCGGCCAUAUAUAUUACUUCCUCACGGUCCUUCAUCCUCUCGCAAGCGGGAAAAACUACUUCAAGACUCCUCGUUGGGUUCACAAGCUGGUAGCAUACUGGGGUAAAGGCUUACAAGUGAACAGUCCAUUUCGAAGCGAUCCCUCAGCCGGAACAGCUUUCCGAGGAAGGGGCCGCCGUCUUAACGGAAGCAGAAGUUCUUCGUCGUCGUCGAGGGACCAAACAACAACCACUUCGGAAACACCAACCUAUUCAAAUUCGAAUGAAGGAGGCGGCCGAGGAGAAGGAGGAGUAGCUUUUCGUGGCAGAAGUUAUCGCUUAGGCGGCCGAUAAUACCUUCUACUAUACAUGCAAUGCUUCUUUUAUUUGUCCAACUUGUGUGCCACUUCCAAUAGACUAAAUUUUGUCAACUUUUAAUAUGAUUAUAUCAAUGCAUGAAUCUAUUAUUUAUUAAA